AUGGGUAACCAAGGUUCAGCAAGUGCACAAGGUGCUACACACAUCAGUGCAUUUCUGAAUCCUGGUGAACCAGAAAUCUUUGCUGUAUCAUUAUUUGCUUCAACAAAGGAAAUUAAAUUCGAAUAUAAGUUUUCUGAAGAUGAUAAACAGGAAGAAUAUCUUGAUUCGUUUUAUAUAGACAUAUUUACUCUAUAUAGAAAUCUAACAAAUGCAAAAAAUCAAGACCAAGUUCUGCAAAAUAUCAUUUUACCAUCAGUUCUAAAGGUUUUAUUCAAAAACGAUCGUGUAAAUAACUUUGUGUACCAAUUGUUCAAAUUUGAUAAUGAUAUAUGCAACUAUUUCACAGAUAAAUUUGUUGAAACUUUUCAAAACGAUAUAAAUCAAGCAAUACAGCUAGAAAACACAAAUAAUUUCGAUAGAUACACGUUCAACACUACAAUUUCUCAAGAAUUGUUUUGUCAAAACGCUAAUGAACAGCUACUUCCAAAAUUUGUCAAAGAAAUAUGCGGGAAAGAUAUAUACAUGAAUGCAGGAACAACACAAGAAAACAAAGACAUUACAGAAAUAAUACAAAAAAUGGCUCAAAGUUCUAAAAAUGCCGAAGUCAUAAUAACAGAGUUCCUUUGGGCAUAUUUAACAGGCAACAUUAUACUUAUGAUCGAAGCAGGAUGCAAUUCUCUACGUGCACAAGGCAGCGCUUCAACUCCUUCAUUAAAUUUACCACUUCCCAUCAUUUAUUCAGAGAAUUUAUUCAAAACUAACAACAUAAUUGGUAAGUUUAUCAUCGAUGAAUUAACAGUUGCUGAUAGAAAUCCAAGAUCAAUCACUGCAUUUGUAUCGAAAAAUUUCUUUUGCAUGAAACAAGACAGAUUACUGAUAAUUGAUAUGUCGGAAGAGAUUACACAAAGGAAUUUUAGAUUCAUGGAACUAGAAUCCCCUUAUAAACGUAAAUCAGUUGUUGAAUUAGUUCUGUCAAAAAAUAUUUUACUGUUGAUUUCAAACGAUAAUGUAAAAGGCCUAGAAAUUUUCCCUCUCGGUUCAAAAUUUUGCGAUGUAAACUAUUCAAAUUCGAAAACAAAAAUUUCUCGACCAUUUACAUCCGACGGAACAUUUAUUUAUUCAUAUUACAAAGGAAAUAUAAAUGUUUUCACUUUACAAGACGAUAAAUUGGUUCUUUUGAAUAGUUUACAUCUUAAGAAAAGUAAUUUACAGUUAUUGCAGCCAUUUAACAAAGAUAUUUUACCUAUUGGACUAACAUCAAGAUGUUUAUUCUGUGACGGAAUUCUUUUACAAUUCAUUUUGUUCGAAAAACAAGUGAAUGACAAAUACCUCCAUUUCAUUAGAUCUUUUUCAAUGCUUGACGGUUAUCAUAUCGGCGACCAAACCGUUUUAUUAGAUUUCCCAAUUUAUUCUUUGAAUUAUGAUGGAUAUUCCAAGAAAAUUCAUACAAUGUCACUUUUUGAUAAUUCAGGGGGUGUCACCCAAUAUAAAUAUGAGGGACCAUUAAGUCCAAACGUUACACAAUUGUUACCUGGUGAUCUUUAUUUCGGUGAUAAUUUACAAAAGUUUUUACCAUUGAAAAUAUCAAAUUUAUUUUGGUUUCCGCCAUUUUUACUUGGAAAUUUAAUUCUUCCUUUGAUUGGUAUCAAUUGUCAGAAUCUUUUAUAUAAGUUUCCUUUUUAUUUCAAGUUGUUGUCUGGUGAGAAUUUGAGCCAAGACAUUUUAUUGGCUAUUCCAAGUUAUUUGUCAAUGAUUAAUCAACAAAAAGAUGAAAAAUAUUUCACUUGUAUCAAAGUUUUGUUUUGUUUAAUUGGUAUUAAUUUAGAAAUAGAAAAGAAAAAGCAAAAUGAAGAGUUUUUGAACUCAUUAAUUUUCACGGCAAAAAUUUUACUUGAAUACAAGGAAUUGAAUGAUUUUUUAAUAAGUUUCUUAGUGAAUAAUUUCACGAAUUUGUUUUAUGGAAAUGAACAAUUCAUUUCUCCUGUUUUUAGUUUGUUUUUUCAUAACUUAACGAUAUCUCAAUUUACAAUGAUAAUUGAGAAACUACAAAACUCUGUUUUGUAUCCUUUCAUCAUUUCUCCACAACAUUACAAAUUAUAUUUCAUUCCAACACUCAACAAUAUUGUUGAAAAUAGUUUGAAACUGAGAUUUGUUGAUGAAGAUUUCGUUGUUUCUUUUUUGACUGCUGUUUAUAGAGAAUUAUUACGUUUCCACAUGAAAAAAGAUGUCAAUCCAAUGAUAAAAACAGUUUCAAAAGAGAUUUUUAAUUUGUUGUUUUCUUUGAUUUCUUCAAACUUAAGUUUAGUUGACCAAGAUGCAAAGAAUAUGACAUUUUAUGCAAUUGUUGAAAAGUUUAUUUUGUUGUUAGUUCCUUUAUGCGACAUCAUUGAUUUCGCUAGAGAUUAUACAAGGAAAUUUAUUGAUCUGAUGCAAAAUUUGACAAAAAAUAAUGGAUUAAUUAAGAAAAAAGUGACACCAGAACAAGAUAAUUUUAUAUUUUUGUUUGACAAAAUUUUUGUUUGUUUCGUCAAAUGUUUGACAACAUUGAGUAACCAUACUCCUUCAAAUAUUGAAAGUUUUACAAAAAUUUACAAACUUUUGAAAUUCAAUAAGAGAAAAAGUGACAUUGACUUCACUUUUGAUAGAAAUAUUAUUUUAGAAACAAUACAUAAGAAUAAUCCAAAUCCUUUGAACAAAGUUGUCAAAGGGAAAGACAAAAAAUUUGAAAUUGAUUUGUUUUUGUCACUUUCUUUGUCAUUUUCUCAGUUUGAAAACAUUGUUUCUAAUUUUCCUUUGUAUGAUCCGAGGUUGAAAUCAAUUGUUCAAGCUGUAUAUAAGAUAAGAAACAAUUUAAGAGAAUCAAAACAACAAACAAAUUCUUUUGAUCCAAAUUUAAACGAAGAAAGAACUUUGAAACAAAAUUAUGAAAAAUAUUUUGGAAUGAUUGAAGAAAAAGUGACAUUUCUAUCGUCACAAAAAAUAUCAGUUGAAUUUAAUGAAGAAAAUUUGAAUAUUUUAGUUGAUUUUGUUUCAAAUGAACAAUUUUUAAGUGUUUAUUUGGAAAAUGAAAAAGAAAUCGAGAAAAUUGUUGAUUCUUUGAAAUCGUUUUUGGAUGGAAUCAAAUCAUUCAUGAAAAUUGAAAAUUUGCCACAAUCUUUCUUACUUUGUUUCCUUGGUUAUUUCUCAACACAAAAGAAUUUCAUUACUUCAGCUGAAGUUUUGAGAAAAUUGAAUUUGUUGAAUGAUGAAAUUAUUUCUAUUGUUGUUCAAACAAUUUCUCUUUUUGUUAACUCUAUACCAAUGAUUUCUGCCGCAACAAUUACUCCUUUAGUUAUUAACAUGCUUCUCAUUAUUCAAGAUAUAGAAAAAGAUGAAUUGAAAUGGAAUAUUUUUGUGUCACUUUUUACAAAAUUAAUUUCAUGUUCAUCCAUGAUUCCAACAGAACAACUCAAGACAUCAUUAAUUUUAUCAUUCCAAGCUAUGCAGCUCUUUAAUGACAAGGGUUAUUUGACAAUAGACAAAGAUAAAAAAUCAACAAUGUCAGAUUUGUUGUCAAAUUUGCCAAAUAAUUUGUCAUUUGACAUAAAUUUGGCAACAAUGUUAGUUAUGAGUGGUUUUGAUGCACCAAUCGAAAAAGAAGAUAGUUUGAUGAUGUUCUUUUGUAAUAAUGACGAUUUCCAUGUUUUGAUGCAAUAUUUUUACGCAAUUAUAACAAAAAGUGACAAAAAUGAAGAAUUUUUCUCUGUUUUGUUUAACUUUGUAGGCAAAGUAUUUUGCGGUGCAAAGACUGAUAUAUUACCCGACUGGUUAUCCCAAGAUCAUGUUUCGUCUUUUUCUUUAGGAAGAUAUUGCAAAACACCAGAAAUUUUGUUUUCAAUUGCAAAUGAAGUUUUGACACUUUUUAGAAAGAUUUUGAUAACAGAAACCAAAGCGAAAGACGAACUAACUCAGUUUAUAACAGUGAAAGUAAUGGAUAGAAUCAAACAAAAACAAUCAAAAAUAGAAGAAAUUGUUGGAAUUUUUAUUCUUUUGUCAAAUAAUUUUGUUGUUUUGUCGAAAAAUGUGAUUUUAGAUCAAAAUUACUUUGUUUUAGAUAUCAAUGAAGAAAAUGAUGAAAUCAAAGUAAUACAGUUACCUUUGACUAAUGAAAUAACAAUACAAACUCUUAAAUUAAGCGAAGAAUAUGAAAUAAUGUCACUUUUGAGUUUUGAUGUUGAAAUGUUUCCACAUUUUUUAGUUUUAUUAGGAUUAUUUACACAAGUUAUGAAUGCACCACAGUCAUAUUCUGAUAGUGUAUUAUCUUUCUUUGUUAUGAAUAGCUUGCAAAGUUAUUUAAGUGAUUCAGAUAAUGGCUUGAGUUAUACUCAACAAUUAUCUUCAACUUUUACUUUGAAGAAAUUUUCUGAUUUUGAAUUCCGAAAAUUUUCAUCUAAAGUAAAAGUUUUAUUGAGUUUGGCUUUGUCAAGGGAAUCAAAUGGAAUCUUUUGCAAUUCACCGAGAGAACCACAUUUAGAACAUGUUUCUUUUUGCAAAUAUAUCUUCCAUUCUGAUUUUAUUUUGACACCGAAUUCAAUAAAAACAAACAGAGCAAUGCAUUGUUUCAUGUCUACUGUUUUGGAUUCAAGUGUUCAAAGCUAUUUCAGCUGCAAACUACAAAACCAAACUAAUGUUAUCUUUGGAAUCAUUAUGCAUUCAAUAGAUUUGAAUCAAGAAUUAUGUGUUUUGUAUUCAAGUGCCGCAAAAAUGUUUUUCUUGAAUAUGGAACCAUUUUUAAAGAAUGAAACAACAGAAGAUGAAACAAUUGAAUUCAUGUUUAAUCCUAAAACUAAAAAAGUAGGAAUUGCUUCUUCAAGAAACAAGAAUAGAUUAGGAAAGAUAUUUUUACCUGAUACAAGAUGUUCUUUCUUUAUUAUUGUUCCUAAUAGUUCCGCUGUUGAAUAUUCAUUGAGUUUAACUCCAAAAACUCCAAACAUGCAAAAAUUAAAUUUGACUUUGAAGCAUCUAAAAAGUCCUUCGAAUGUUUUUGGAAGACUUAAAAAUAGAAUAUUCGGUAUAACUUCGAAUGACAAAUUUGCUGAACAAGAACAAAGUUUUUCAUUGAUAAAAAGUGGAGUUUCUUCAACGGAAAACACGAAAUCAAAUGGUUUCUUUAGUAUUAUGAGUGGUUAUCAUCAAACAAUUGUUAAUAACACAGCUACUGAUUUAAAUAUCUCUAAGUGUGUUAAGUUCAGUAAUUUGAACAUUAAUCCAACGAAUUCUUAUUUGAAGAUGUCAAUUUCUAGUUUCGUUUAUUCUCAAACUAGAAAAUUCAUUUUCAGUUCUCCUGUCGCGAUGCCGUUUUAUUUUAAAGUUGAUCCUGUAUCCGGCCAAAUACAAAAAGUGAGACAAAAUGAUGCAAAUAUUGUUGGUUUCCAAGGUUGUCCACCUUUACACUUCGAGAAUAUGUGUGAAAUGCCAAAUGACGUCAUUAACACAUUCAUUGGCGGCGUUUGCGAAGCUUACAAACAUGAAAUAACAACUUUUAUUUUGACAAAAUUAAUUUCGAGUAAUUUUGUCAAUAAUGUUUUGGUUAAUUUCAAUUUUACUUCGGAGAAUUUGAUUGAUUUCGUUAACCAUUUAUUAGUUAUUGUUGAACCAUUUAAAUACAAUAACUACGAACAAUCAAAAUCCCCAAUUGAUUUCGAUUUAUCUGUUUUGGAUUCGAAUUAUUCUAUUCCUAAUAAUUUAUAUGAUUAUCAUCAUUCUUUAAUUAAUUUGAUUGAAUUCAUUGAUGACAGAUUUGAUACUUUCAAAGAUAUAUGGUUUAAUUACAUUCUUAAGAUGUUUUCUUCUCCUCAAAAUCAUUUUGUUUCUCAACAAAAUCCUUAUUAUGUAAAUUCAUCACUUUUAAUCAAUGAAGAUUAUAAAAGUGAUGCCGCAGGAUGGGUAUGUUUUGAUUUAGGUUUUGGAAAUAUUUUGGCACCAAAAAUCAAAGGAAGUGUUUUCCCACAAAACUACGAAGUUGAUUUUGUUAAUUAUACUUUUGUUCCAGGAAAUUCUAUUUCUUAUUCAAAGAAAAACUGUGUAAGAUUACCUAUAUUUAAGAACACAAAUGUUUCUUUGUUUAAUACUUUCUUUUCUUUGGCAAUCGCUAUGAAAUACUUUGUUAUUUUCAUUUCAAAAGAUAAGAAAUCAAUUUUCCAAUGGAAAUCAAAAUCUUUGGCAGAAUUUAUGUCAAAUAUUUACAUGGCAAUUUUGGGAAGAAGUCCUUUCUUUUAUUCCCAUUCUCAAGAAGUAUUAUCUUUUAUAACAAACAAAUUGCAAAUACAAGCAGUUGACAUUAAUGAUGAAUAUCUUUCUGUUAUUAAUCAUGUUUUGCCGCUUUGUAAAACAAUUUCGAAUUCAUUUGAAAGUUUCGUGAGAUCACAUUUAGAUAUGCGAAAAGAAAUGGAAUUAAUGAAUUUGUCAAGUUACUUCCCAUCAUGGUGUAAUCUCAGGAAUAUGAAAAUGAGAAAUGAUGCUGAAGGUUUGAAACUUCCAGAAUCAAUUCUCGGAAAAGAUAUGAAGAAAAUGCUUUCGCAAAGAGAAUUUAGUAUAAUACAAAGAAUAUUAACUGUUUACAAGACAUUGACUGAUUAUCCUUUUUAUUUGAUUAUUACUGAUUGGUUGUUUUCUUUCAUAACUUUUCCACCAACAAAAUUUGAAAUUCUUAAUCAAAAUUUGUUGAAAGUUACUUUCACUUCUAAUUAUAUUCCUUACAAAGUAACUUUGUGUGCUUCUGCUCCUGAUGUUAUAAAGAAGACAAUCAGAUGCGCAACAAAUUCAGAAAUGUCAAAUUCAUUUAGAAUUUCAAUGAAUUCUGACUUUUCUCCUCCAAACAAAGAGUUUUUCAUAAAAUUCGAUGAAAGUGAUGUAAUUUCCAACAUGAAAUUCUAUUUCUUCUGUAGUGUUCAGUCAGCAGAUGCAGCAAACAUCUUAUUAAGUAACAGAGAAAAGUUCGAAAAUGACAUAAAAGUCAUGUAUUCCCAAUUCAAUGAAAGUGACGAUCAAAAUAUUUUGUCACUUUUCCCAAUAGAAAGAUUGCAAGAUUUAUACAAUUUAUCAUUUGCUAUGAACCCAAUAAGAUUCCUGGAAUUGAAUCUUGACAAAGAAUUGCACAUGAUUUGUUUGAGAUCUCGUUUUCUUUUGGCUUUCAAUUGGUAUGUUUAUUUCCAUGAAGAUGUUGUAAAUGAAAGUUCAUUUUCACAAUUUUCUCGAUUCAUUUCUGUUUUGACGUUGACUCAGAAGUUUAGAUUCUUCAUAUCUAAAUCGGAUGGACCAAGAACUAAUGUGACAAUCAAUAGACAACUUGGAUUGUCAGUAAGAUCCGGAGUUUCCAAGAAAUUAAGUGAUUCAAUGAUCGGCCAAUUUGCCAGAGCUUAUACUUCACCUCGGAUGUUCAGAUCUCCAACAGAUCCUUUCCAUGUAACAUUCGAAGGAGAAAGAGGUAUAGAUUGUGGCGGAUUGAGCCGCGACUUGGCCUCUGAAUUGGCUAAAGACAUUUGUGAUCCAAACAUUGGUUUGUUUGUUUCAACACCAAAUUUCGUGAAUCACAGAGGUUCAUUUAGAGAAUGCAUUGUUCCAAAUCCAAUAAGUGAAUGGGGAAGAACAUCCCAUAUCUAUGAAAGUGUUGGUUGUUUAAUAGCUAUUUCUAUUAGAACAGGAAUGGUUCAGCCAUUUACUUUCCCUCCUUUCUUUUGGACUUGUUUAGUUACGGGAGAAAUCACAAUUGAUGAUGUUUUUUCAAUUGAUAACGAAUAUAAAGAUUUCGUAACUAAUUUGGAGAAAGACAGUAAAGAAAAGACUCCACAACAAUUCCAAGAAUUGUAUGGAAACAACCACAACAAAAUCAAAAACAUAAGAGGCGAAGAAGUCUCUGUUUUCAGUUUCUCGUCCAAAUCAUUGAACCAAGGAAGUGCAGGAAGAUUUAUUUCUUCUGCAAAUUCAUUGAGAAUCCAGAAAUUGUUGACUCCUUUGUUAUUAAUAAGAAAUGGAUUUUGGAAAGCCCUUGAUUUGGCUCCACCUCCUUUUGUUACUCCUCAAUUACUCGAAUUCUUGGCUUGUGGAGACAGAACUAUUUCUGUUUCUAAACUCAGAGCAUUGACUGAAUUCCAAGGUGCUCCAAGAAAGAUGAUUGAUAUCUUUUGGACAGUCAUUUCUAGACUUUCUGAACAAGAAAAAAGAAAGUUUUUGCAAUUCGCUACAGGAACAACACAGAUUCCAUCGAAUGCAAAGUAUCCGUUCUUGAUUGUGGACUACAACAGAGUACCUGCACCAGAUACAAAUCUUCCUUCUGCAAGUACUUGUUUCUACAGACUCCACAUUCAAGAAUACAGCAGCGCUGAAGUUUUCCACAGAAAAUUACUUCAGGCAAUCGAAUACACAGGAACAUUUGAGAACUCUUGA